AUGUCUACACCACCAAUCUCGCAGCUAUGCAAGAACUGCUCACGAGUUCUUGAUAUAGACUUCUUGCUAGAUCAUAACCCCAUCAACAACAAAGGUUAUCGUCCGUACGAGACAAGCAAGAUUCUGUACCGGUUUAAAGACACUUGGCCUGAACUACCAGGCUUCGCGGCUUCCGCCGAAUCUGGCUGUGGCUUAUGCAAAUUAACUCGAGACACUUUUGUCUCACAGUAUCCUUCGACCGAGUACAAAGGGCCUGUUAGUGGCUAUGUGUCAAGGUCCGCCACACCGAUUCAUGUGGAGCCGAGAAAGGUUUCCGAUUACUCCGUCACCAUAUGUGAAGGCACGGAUUUGAAUGAUACACUAGCGUAUGCACAGUUCUUACCAUGUUCCGACGACGAUAGAAUGCCGUUUCUGCGCCCUUCUCUUACAGAGGUUCUAUCAGACCAAACGUUAAACUUCGCAAAAAAGUCCAUUGAUCAUUGUGCAUCGACCUGUCAUCCAUGGGAGCCUUCAGGUUCUACUCCUGCGCGAUUACUGGAUAUUGGCGAAUACAAAGCAAAUGGACGCAUAAAGCUCAUACAGACGGAAGGGUUGCCUAGGGUGAGAUACGCAGCGUUAAGCUACUGGUGGGGAAACGCAGAUGAUGCAGCGUACCAGCCCAAGGCAAAUUCCGCAAACCUGUCGGAGAGACUCGACGGAUUUGGCAUUGACGCAAUGUCUCCCGUCGUUCGCGAUGCUAUCAUAACUUGCGACGCGUUAGAGAUGCGUUACUUAUGGGUCGAUGCGCUCUGUAUUUUGCCGGGUAAGGCUGAUAUAGCGGACUGGGAGGUGGAAAGCCAGAAGAUGAACGACAUCUUUCGCAACGCCUACGUUACGCUUUGCCCCUCGUCGUCGAACGGCUGUCGAGAAGGCUUUCUUGGUCAACGCAAACUUCACCCUGGAAUCCGUGUCAAGACGCCAAUAACCUCAAAUGCCGUAUUCCAGAACGAGAGUCGAGAAUAUUCCAUCAUCCCAUACGGCGUCAAGGCGAUCACACCCUCCUUCAUGUUCACCUUUGAGUUCACAGACUCCAAGUGGUACAGCCGAGCGUGGGUAUGGCAGGAAGUCAACUUCUCUGCUAGACUGGUCACCUUCGGCCCGACGUUUGUCUUCUUUCGGUGCCCGGAAAUUCUGAUCUGCGAGAACGGCGCAAGAAAUGACACGGCAGUUAUCCAGAAAGGACUGAAUGAGUACCACAGUAAGCGAUACCAAGAUGCACAGCCAUUUGUGUUCUUUAGAACUUGCGCGGAAAGCAUCUCGACCAUGGAUAUUAGCUUUGAAUCAGAUCGCUUGGCUGCAGUGGCAGGUGUUGCCAAGCAGGCACCUGGCCAUAGAGGCGGAGUCUCUUGGGAUUCGAACUUCUCGUCUGUGAAUCGUGAGACUUUAGAGUUUGACGGUGGAGAUUGGGAGUACGAGUGCGAAUACCUCGACAUCACCACUGACAAAGUUGGCGACAACUUGUUUGGCCAAGUAACCCGCGGCACUUUAGCUGUGACAACAAAAGUGACAUCUUUGAAAGAAGUCGCAGCACACCACGAGCGAGACGACGAUGAGCUGAUGAAGGAAAUGUUGUUUACGCCAGAGUAUAGCAGCCAGAUUGCCUGCGGUAUCAAAUGGAACUGGGACGUUGAUGUCACGGACACGCCGAGGCUUCUCGCUGAUAAGAUUCUGGUCAUAGCAUUCUCUACUUGUUUGUAUGAGCUACGCAGUGAGAUUGAAAACUUGUACGGAUUGAUGGUGUAUCCGGCGGAGAAGGAGGGCGAAUAUUACAGAAUAGGCUCCUUUGAAGCACAAAGUUCGGCUGAUGACGAUGAGGAGAAGGAUACUGGGUAUCUCAUAGCACAAAAGUGGGAAGAGAAAGAAAUUGCCAUCAUUUAGAAUAGAACUUUAUUACUUGUUGGAUAUAGAGAGCAUAGGCGCUGAAAUGACUACC